AUGGCAAGGACUAAUGAAGAACUUGUAAUCAAUCAAAGAAAGUGUGUGUUAGAUUUAUUGUCUAAGACUGGAAUGUUGGGAUGUAAACCAACUGAAACACCAAUGGAGGCAAAUUUGCAAUUUGGGAAAGAACUGGGAGCUCGGAGUAGCAUUGGCUGUUGCUACAACUUACUAUCUGAAGAAGGGUUUGAAAAUGAUCGCAUCCAAUAUGGUUUUCCAGUGAGUUGCGGUGUAAGGAGUGUUAGCUUGUCUCUUGGAAAAAGUUCUCGUGAUCUUGCUUGUCAGAGCGCUGAAAGAUGGAAAAGUUUAGGAAAGGACGCUGGUCUCCACAAUUUUGAGCUACAUGCUUUCCGUGCUGCUUUCCAAAUGGUUUUGCAUAAAUAUCUCCCUGAAGUUGGAACAAGUCCUUCAAUUGAGCGCCAAGGGAAGGCAUUGCGCCGUAAGCGGCAAAGGAAGAUAAUUGAGUCUGAACUGCGUGCUGAAGAAAGUACUUAUUCUGAUUUGCCUCGGAGGGCUUGUAAUAGGGCUUGUUCUUUCAUGUACUUAAUGUCUAAUUAA